UUUGCAUUGUAAUUGUUUAUCCAGCGGACUUCACAGUUUCAUUGAUAAAGCCCCUUCUCAAUUGUAACGCCAUUGUCCCGGGACAGUAAUAAUACAGGGAAAAUCACUCGCUCCCCCAAUUCAAAUGUGUGACCAUCUCGCAGGCCCGAGAUAGCAAUGACACGCCAUCUUCCCUUGUUCGCAACAAGCCAGCAUCUCCUCUGCGCCCUAAUACUACAUCUUCUCAUCGUCACGACCGUGGCUUACCAGAAACUCUCCGACGACUUCCUCAAGAACAUCACCUUCAACGACGCCGACUUCGACAUCCACAAUGCUGGGCUCCUAGCGCCCCUCCUUAUAACCCGCGUCCCGGGCACCCCGGGCCAAGUCGCAGCACAACAACACUUCGUCAAUUUCUUCCAGAAGGAACUCCCCAAAUGGACCAUCGAAUGGCAGAAUUCGACAUCGACAACCCCCGCAACCGGCGAUGAGCAACUCCCCUUCGCAAAUCUAAUCAUCAAGCGCGAACCGCCAUGGACGAAACCGGGACAAGCCAACUACCUGACCCUCGUCGCGCACUACGACAGCAAGAUUAGUCCAAAGGGCUUCAUCGGCGCAACCGACAGCGCUGUCCCCUGCGCCAUCAUCAUGAACACGGCGCGCUUCGUCGAUAAAUACAUGACGCAGAUGCACGACGAGAUGGUAGCGCUGGGCGAGCUGGGCGGCACGGUGCCUAUGGACAUGGGCGUGCAGAUCCUGUUGCUGGACGGGGAGGAGGCCUUCGUAACGUGGACGGCGACGGACUCGCUAUACGGGGCGCGUUCGCUGGCCGAGGAGUGGGAGGGCAUGCGGAACCCGGCUAUGUCGACGUAUCGCGAUCCGUUGAGCCAGAUUAGCAUGUUUGUUCUUCUGGAUCUGCUGGGUUCGAAGGAUCCCCACGUCCCGUCGUAUUUCCAGUCGACGCACUGGGCGUAUCAGGGCAUGGCCAGCAUUGAAGAACGGAUGCGCAAGUUGGAGCUGCUGGAAUCGAGUCCGAAGAGCCCGUUUUUACCGGAUGCGGGAAAGCUGCCGAUUCAGUUUAGCAGGGGUUACAUGCAGGAUGACCAUGUGCCGUUUAUGCAGCGUGGUGUGCCGACGUUGCAUAUCAUUCCGUCGCCGUUCCCGGGUGUGUGGCAUAGGAUGGAGGAUGAUGGGGAUCAUUUGGAUUCGCCGACCGUGAGGGAUUGGGCCAGGAUCGUUACGGCGUUUGCGCUCGAAUGGUUAGACAUGAUGGAGCUCGUUCCCGGGGCGACUUCGCCACCUGUAUCAUGAUAUAGUAAUUACGAUGUGGAAUCGAUGUUUUAACACUGUGCGUGGAUCGUUCACAUGAUUAUUGGCACUCCAGGAAACUCGAGGUGGGUGUUGAAGUAAGUGCAUGGCCGCCGUGAGUCUAAGCCGGGCGGUGUAAAAGCCUGUCUACGAGUUUGGGUGUUUCCAUAUGCC